ACAAGACAACCUCGAAACACUCUACUCAUUGAACACCACUUUACACCCGUACCAACCCUCAAAUCACACAUAUACAUCACAAUGGACUCCCUCGGCAGCGGCAACAUCGACGUCUCCAAGAUGUCAGACGCCGAAAAGCAAGACCUUCAACAAUUCGUCGUCAACGAGACACAAAAGGCGCGCAUCCAACAAUCAAUCCACUCCCUCACAGACGUCUGCUUCCGCAAGUGCAUCACAGGCAAGAUUUCCGCCGGCAAGCUGGACAGAAGUGAAGAGCCCUGCAUGCAAAACUGCGUCGACCGUUUCAUGGAUGCCAACUUGGUCGUCAUCAAGAACUUGGAGCAGAUGAGAACGCACAUGUAAAGAAAGAGGAAGAGACAAAGACUUUGGAAAUCAAUCAGAGACAUGCUCUAGGAGUCUGGACGAUCUGACAUCGGAAUUCGAGAAGCGAGAUGAUGCUGGGCGACUGGUAUGAUGUAGAAUAUGAAAUGAAUGUACAUUAUGGAGGCUUGUAUGAUAGAAGAGAUGGUCAUUUGGCAGAGAAGAUCCACUGCCUCAAAGAUGGAUGUCAAUCACAACGCCGAAGUCCAGAAGUUUACAGCGAUGAGCCACGAACAUGAUACAUCAACAAAUCACACGAAUACAAGAACAAAUCACAUGAGAUCAAGAGGCAA